CAUUCUUUUUCCUUGAUUUUACCUUAUUAUUACUGCAAAGCAGUUCAAUUCCUUUGCAUCCCUUUGCUUUCUAGCUUUUGAAGGACCUAACACAUUUAAAUCUGCUACGAAAAAAUCCCUUGUGCUAGGGGAUAACUAGUGUGAUUCUGACCCACUAAUAUAUCCUUUUAAAUGAGUAUAUCUGCAGGCUAAGAUUUUUCACAGAAGAGGGUAGCUUCUCCUUGUGUCAACCUUUUGUUUCCUUGCAGUGGUGACAUUAGCCGCUCUCUCCUGCCACCUGCAUCUCCUUUUUCACCUAGCUGUUCUCCUGUGUCUUAUAAAUAGAGUAAUAGAAUGGGGUGUUCAUGACUGAUCUUCCUUAUCAGAUUUUGCAGGCGUAUGGUAAUGUAAUCACUUAAAGUGAUUAGCAAGGUAGUGUUUCUUUGUGUGCACAGUUGAUGUGUUUGUGAAUAGAUGGCUGAACUGAUUAUUGUGACCUGUUAUUAAAAAGAAAAAAAAAGGGGGGACACAAAACCUCAACAAAAAACCCCAGCAAGCCCAUCUCAGUUAACUGUAAGAUUGGUAAAGCCUACAUGUUUUCCAUGUUUUGAGAUGUGUAGAGAGGAGGACUACAAAAGCUAAUAUGUAUGAAUGAAGGCAUUUGUAUAGAGAAGAAAUACAGGUAUUAAUAGGUUUUGAAGUGGGGUACCUUUUUAGGUCACUUGCAGUUCUGUUUUUUUGUUAGGGUUUUUUUUUUUUUUUUUUUUUAAUUUUUUUUUUUACUGGGUUUCUGUUUUGGCUUUUGAUGUGUGUGCCUGUUCUUUUUAUUUUUAUUUUUUCCUCCUCAGGAUGUUCCAAAUGAAUGUCUUUUUGUAUAACUUGCUUUCUCAAAUGUUACAAAGGUCUAAGAGCAGACAGGGGUAAAUGACAAUCCAGAGCAGUCUUCUCAGAAGACUGGCCAGAAGAAAAGGAAACACUUCUGUUAACUAAGUAAACAAUCUAAAAUACUGUAUUGUGUCUGAAGCUGAAAUUUCUAGGGAGGCUGCUGAUGUGGAAAUGAACAGAGAAAAGUAUGUUGGAGAACUGAAGAAAGCAUUGAUAGCUGGAGAAGAAUCAGCUGGCAGAUACAACUUUGCUAUUUCAAGGGAUGAUGAAAAUAUGGAGUGUCACUUCUCCUAUGAAAGAAAUCUGAAAGAUGGCUCUUUCAGACUUGGAUCUCUGAAGCUACAGAAGGUUUUGAGUCCAGUGGAGGUGGUUAAGGAGCUGAUUGGUUACUGUCUGGACUGCCUGGGAAGACUGCAGUCAAAAACUGAGCAUCUGCAAAAGGAGAAUGAAAGGCUUUUCCGCUGCUGGAGUGACACAGAGAAGCGGCUGGAAAAAUGUGUGGAGGCUAAAGAAGAACUAGAGGCAGAUCUUUAUAACCGUUUUAUUUUGGUGCUGAAUGAAAAGAAGGCAAAGAUAAGAAACUUACAGAAGUUGUUGAAUGAAGCUAAAGAAUCUGCAGCAGCUGCCAAAUAUACAAGGGAUAGUAUAGCUACCAUUCAGAUGGCUACAGGAGGAGAAAAUGAAUAUGAUGGCAGCACUGAUGAGGAAAGUGAAAAUUUAACACGGCCUUCAUUACCACCAGUGCCAGAACGAAGAGAUUCCCUUCUGGGUAGCCCAGAUGUCGUUGAUACUGUUCCAAGAAGAAGGCAAAGACAAAGGACAGCUAAGCCUGAUAGGACAGGAUCUAAGAUGUCUUAUCAGAUAGAACUGCCAGCCAAGGAAAAACCUGUUCUGGCCUCACAGAAGACAUUGGAGAAGCAUUCCCUGGAUGCGAUGUCUCUCGAAACACUGGAAAACACUUGUGAGCCAGAGGAUCUAUUUGAUGACAUCUAGCUAUGUGCUAGCUGAGAAAUUGGGAGACUGCUGCUUCUGAUAGAGAUAAGCUGUAAAACUAAAAGACUUUGUUAUAGCCACUGAGCCGAAAUCUUUACUCUGAGGUGGUAUUCAGUGACAUAUUGCUCUAACCCUCUUGCGCAGCACUUGUCCCCAUUCUUCGCUAUGCUGUUGUAGACCCUUGGCCUGCUAAAUUUGAUUUGUGAUGGUCUGGAAAUCAGUUUAGCCUCUGUGUAGAUCUUUUAUCAUGUAUGUAUGAGGAAGGGGAGCACUAUUUUUACAUCCUAACAGCCUCUGGCUGCUGAUUGUAUCCAGGAUCAACUGGUUUUGAGGUGUCCCCAGAGAAUGUCAGAGGUAAAAAAGAUGAAGGCUAUCGCUGUACUUACCUUAUACACUGCCCCUUUCUUGAGAACCUCAGCUUAGAUGUGGCCUAGCUAAAUCAUCUUCAACUUUGACUGAGAUAUAACUUCCUAAACUGUGAGUUUAGAAUACCUUCUGAUUUGAAGCAUCCAAAGAAAUGUCCUUUCACUUUUUACUUGAAGGUUCUCUGCCACAUUAUGCAUUAUAAGAUAUUCUUCCCUUUCACAGUAAUGUGCGUAUAAGGUCAAUAUUGACUCUAUUUUAACCUUCUGUAGAAACCCAUAGCCUUCAAAAUUGUCAUUUUUGGUACUUCAUUAUUUUUCUUAAAGUGAUUUCUAAAAAAAUAAAAUGCAUUCUAAAAAUA